UUUCAUAAAGCGGAAAUUGCAUAACGUUUGAAAAGCGUUUAUAUAAAGCGUUCUUCCUAACAAUUUGCAUAGUGUUUGCGUUAAGCGUUUACUAUAAACUUGUGAGCGUUCGUUACGCUGUGUAAUUUAAAAUCUAAAGAAAAAUUCUAUCUAGAAUCUAAGUAGAAUUUCUUACUAAACAAAAAUAGUGGCACAUUGUCUUGUGAGAAGGAAAUUAACUUGAGAAUUUCACUCAAAUUAAUCUUUAGAAACCGGAUUCAUCUCGCCGAUCGAUCGAUGAACUUCAGUGAAAGAAACCGGACCUGAAAAAAUCUUAAGGUGAUAGUCGGGGGAUUCGAACUUGAGACUCUUUAUAUUAGCAGGUUUUGCACUCAAACCGCGGGAUCAGUUGCUCCUUUCUAAAAUAACAUCAAGACAAAAAUCACACGGACUUAAGGGAAAGAAAAAUUAUCAUAAUUUGAAACGUGCGCGAAAAAGACAUUUAUAACAGAACAAAUUUGGAGUACAUCGAAUCUACUUGAACCAUUUUACACUCCAAAACAUGAUUAUAACAAUAAUAUUAUUGUUAUUAUUUUUGAUUGUUUUCAUAAUACUGUUUGAUUAUUAUAUGCAUCAUAAGCGAAGUGGACGACUUAUAGAUCUUAUACCAGGUUUACCAAGUAUUCCGAUUUUCGGUUCGAUAUUUUUAUUGCAAGGUUCACAAGAAGAUAUAUGGCAUACUAUGCAUUAUUUUGCUGACAAAAUAUAUCCCGUUACAAAAAUAUGGGCAGGUCCUAUAGCUGCUGUAAUGAUUCGUCAUCCAGAUGAUUUGGAAAAAGUCUUAAGUAGUACAAAACAUAACGAAAAAAGUAAACUGUACGAUUUGUUACGUCCGUGGCUUAAUGACGGUCUUCUUAUCAGCAAAGGAAGCAAAUGGCACACUCGACGAAAAAUAUUAACACCUACGUUUCAUUUUACUAUAUUGCGACAAUUUGUUGACAUUUUCAUUGAAGAGAGUAACCGUAUGAUAAACUCUCUAAAAGAUAGUAAAGGACCAGUUAUAAAAAAUUUAGUCCCAUUUCUUAGCAAACAUACACUAAACGCAAUAAGCGAAAGCGCCAUGGGUAUUUCUUUGCAUAAUUUUGACACGUUCAAGGAACAGUAUCGAAAAUCAGUAGAGGAUAUGGGUCGCUAUUUUAUUUACAGAUCACUAUCUCCCUGGCUGUAUCUCGAUUGGAUGUUUGCAUUAUCGCCAACAGGUAGAAAGCAAGCUAAAACUUUAAAGAUAUUACAUGGAUUUACUGAAAAAGUCAUUAUGGAAAGAAAACUUUAUCAUAAACGCACAGAAGGCCGAUAUUUAAAAAACAUUGGAAGUAAUAGAUUGAUAGAAACAGAUGACGUAGAAGUGACUGGAAUUCAAAAAAAGCGACUCGCUAUGUUGGAUCUUUUAAUAGCGGCAUUUCGAGAAAAUCAAAUAUCCGAUUCGGACAUCAGAGAAGAAGUCGACACCUUUAUGUUCGAGGGUCAUGAUACUACGGCAAUGGGUGUGUGUUUUAGUUUGUUAUUAUUAGCUGAGCACAAGGAUAUUCAGGAUCGUGUUAGAACUGAAAUAAACGGUGUGAUGGAAGAGAAUGAAGGAAAAUUAACUAUGGCGUCCUUACAAAAGCUACCGUAUUUAGAAAGAUGCUUGAAGGAAGCGAUGCGAUUGUAUCCAAGUGUGCAUUUAAUAUCGCGCGUUCUUUCAGAAGAUAUAAAAUUCCAGUCGUAUACAGUGCCAGCUAACACAAUUGUGCAUCUUAAUAUCUAUGGCGUCCAUAGAGAUCCUAACUUUUGGCCGCACCCAGACGUAUUUGAUCCGGAUCGAUUUUUGCCCGAUCAAGUGCAAAAUCGUCAUCCUUAUUGCUACUUACCGUUUAGUGCGGGACCACGGAAUUGCAUAGGUCAACGGUUUGCUAUGUACGAAAUGAAGACUAUAGUCGCUUCUCUAGUGCAUCAUUUCUACUUGGAGCCUGUUGAUAACUUGAAGAACCUUCGGAUUAAUAUUGAUUUGAUACUUCAUCCUGCUUAUCCACUUCAUAUAAAAUUUAUCCCGAUCAAAUAAAUAAUAUCAGCAAAAUUAGGGAAAGGAAAGAGACAACUUCAAUAUCUCUUUAUAAACAUUUAUUGAGAUAAUAUUACAUAUAUAAAUGCAUAAAAAUAUAACUUAAUAUAAAUAUAUAUAAAAAUACAUAAAAAUAUAAUUUGAUAUAAAUAUACAUAAAAAUAUACAUAAUGAGACGUAUCUCUUUUUACGACUUCA